UUCUUCUGCGGCGAUCAAAAACGCCGUCGACGAUAACCUCACCGGCGCCACCAACACCGCCGAUCUAUCAACCAAACAGAACCUCGCCGUUAAAUUCUCUCUCCAUGGCGCUUUCUUGCCGUGACACACUAAUCCUUAUCUUCCAGAAACUCACCGUCGCCGAUCUAGCUCGUGCGAGCUGCGUUUGCAAGGUUUGGAACUCUGUAGCCACCGAAGACGAUCUAGUGGUAUCGGUUUUUAAAUCGCCAUGGCGGAUCAAAGAACUUGUUGGAAGACCAGCUUCUAGUUCGUUUUGGAGAGAUAAUGGAAUCUGGAAAUUUGCUAUUUCUCAUCGGAUUUGUCGUGGUGAUAGUGUGACUAGCCUCGCCGUUAAAUACUCCGUUCAGGUUAUGGACAUAAAGCGGCUAAACAACAUGAUGAGCGACCAUGGGAUUUACUCAAGAGACAGACUGCUUAUCCCGAUAAGCAAUCCCGAAAUUCUCGCAAACACUACGUGCUAUGUAGAGCUAGAUAAAUAUGCCAAGCGAGAAGUAGCCGUGCUUUACCUCGAAGGUGCGCCGAAGAGAGAACAACCUGUACCUGGUACGAAUCAACAAUCCAACUUAUCAGCCGACGGAAAGCGAAGGCUAAUUGAAUCUCUAAGGAGAAGCAUGCAAGUGGAUGAUGGAACCGCUCUAUACUACUUGGCUAUCGCUGAAGGGGAUCCUAGAUCCGCAUUGUCUGAAUUCUCUGCUGAUCUCAGGUGGGAGAGGCAGGCUGGUCUCAACUAGGAUCGGCAAAGUAAGCUCCUGAAUGUGUGAUCCAAAGGUAAUUGAGUAUUUAUAUAUGCAUAUGACAUAGCGCGCCAUCUUGUUUCUUUACGAGAUUAAAUCAAGAAUUUAUAAUUGU